GAUACUUGAAUGAUCCAAGUUCAAUUCUGUACGUUUCUAGCUUUGCAUUGUUGUCCAAAAAGCAAUAACAAUCUUAUCACGUAAACUAACGUUAUGUGAGUUCUUUUAGUAACGUUUUUAGUUAGGAUUAUAACACCUGAACGUGUUAAGUUUAAUGUGGGGCAGCUUAAGAUAAUUUAGUUUUACAUAAACCUUGUAAAAAUUAUAUUACAGUGCAUAAGUGGUUAUUUUUGUGCAUGGUACUUUAAAUAUUCAAUGUAUAGGUAAAAUAUUCAUUAGGAAACGACAAGGUCAGGAAAUACGCAGGCGAAAUACUUCUUUGUAUUUAAUUAUUAGAUACACUUUGUGCAUAGGGCGUAGGACGAUGGAAAGUUAGAAGCGAAUUAUAAUCUUGGGCGAUUACUUUGUUAUUUAUUAUGUAUGCGACCCUCGGUCUUCCUGUGUCUUUGUCGAUAGAAAUUACAGUACGAAAAACAGCUUUUCUUGAUUGAUGAUUCUCGCCAGUGUCAACCCUUCCCUGAUUACGGGCGAUUGUUUUCCUGAGUAAAAGGCAUUUUCUCUCAUUUUACGGAAUUAUGUAUAUACAAUCGGAAUAAGGCCUAAACAAUAUUAAGAUUUAUUUGUGGGUGACGUGCCAAACGUAAAAUGACGGAUGUAUGUACAACUUUGCAUAUUAUACAAGUUGAGAGGUGAAAAUUUUAGUAUUACUGUAUUUGAUGAGGACGAUAAUUUCGCAUUCAUCAUCAUAUCCCAGAAAAUUAAAAUUUAUCAUUCCAAAGUUCGCUAUUUAUUUUGCUCUGAAUGUUUUGAUUGAAUUAAGGAAUGAUUAUAUUGCGGGCAUGGUUGCAUUUGUUGGCCUCUCUAGAUAAUCAACCUGCACACGUUUGUACUUUUCGUAUAAAUGUAGGAACACGGCACAACAAUCUGAAACAAAUUGGGGGUAAUUUAAUUACUGAAAUCACUUUCAGCGUUACGAAAUUAAUCGCCUCUAGAGUCCACUCAGAAUUAAAUGACAGCGUGGAUCAAGGUUUGCAAUUUUGAACGUGAUUUCCUACAAAUCUAAAUUAUGGUGUCACCUCAAACUGUGUAAUUAUUAAGGUCACUGUAUACUUUUUUAGCGUAAAAUUGAAUGAAAACAGGGCUGCAAACGGCAUAUGCACGUAAAUACAUGGAAUAAAUCCGAUCAAUUUUUUUCACUUAUACGCAAUUUAGUGAUAAUAAGUAACUCCAUGAAUAACAUGCUCCUUUUUGUGUGAAGUUUUAAACACAAAUUCGGUGGAGACCUACAAAUGAACAUGUUGCAUAACGUAUUAUAAUCACAUUAGUGUAUUUUGCUGUUUUGUUAAACAAUUAAAUUUCCAUUCACCCAAAACCCAUUAAUUUGGUUUCCGUACCAAAAAUUUACUGUUGCGAGAAACUUUAUAACACUCACAGUACACGGUUCAAGGGUUCAACUUUUAAUGACUAUGCAACAAGCUGCAGCCUGUGAAAUGCAAAAUACUAAUUAAUGCGAUUAUUUGUCCUCCUUGAAAAUGUCAAAUGGCAACUUUUAUUUAAAUAUCCUAAAGCAAAUGCUGAGAACUAAACAUCAAAGCGCUGGAAUUAUUUCUAUCUAUUUCUGGAAUUCACAGUAGUAUUAAGUAAAUAUACAAAAAGGUUUAGGCGGAAUUAUGCUUUAAGCAGUGUAAGACAAAGACAUUAUCAUUCUCCAAUUUUGCACUUAAAGUUUGAAUUCUAUAAGGUUAGGGGAUUUAAUGCUUUUGUCGUCUUAUGAUGUAUGUACACGUUAUUCGUACAUUGUCAAUCUUCUUUAUUCAUUCAUGCAAUAAAUUUCAAGUUUAAGUUAUUGAAGAAAUACAUAGAAUAGAAUUGAAAUAAGUAUGUAAUGAUUAAUAUUCUAAUUCAGUUUCUCAUUAAAUCGUGUAUUAGGACGAUGUAAUCAAGUGAUUGUGACCGAAACCAAAAUGAUACAAGGAAAAAAAGAAAUUAUAUGAUGGUGAAAAUAGAAAAAGCUUCCUUUGAAAGUGAAAGUUGAUAUGCGCAAUAUUGUCUUAUUGUAGAUUGAAUAUGUCGACACAUACGUACGUACACAUCACACUAGGUAGCUGAUUAUUAUCUACGAGUUAAUUUCCCUAGAUAGUUAAGUCCUCGGCAAUAACUUAUACCGGACUAUUUCCAGGUUUUAUUACAUCACAAUGUCAAGAAUAGACAUACAUACAUCAAAAUCUGCAUAAUAUCCAAUUUCUUACACUUAUGAGAAUGUUACGUAACAUAUUGUCGAUUAAGUAGCUUGCUUUAUCUGUUUACAACUUUCGAUACUACGAUAUUUUAUUGACACUAUGUACGUCUCGCAGGCUUCGUAUUAGUUUUUUGAGUUAACUACGAAUAUUUAUACAGAUGUCAAUAAAUUCUUGCAAACAACUUAAUAUUGUGCUCCUGCUUCUCAAAUAUGAAAAAGUAGAGCUAAUCAUUUUUCUUUUCAUAUUGGAUUUUUAUUUUGCCAAAUUUCAACCCGUGCACCCACUUUUCCACAUUUUCUUCAACUUUCCCCACUUUCUCCUCUCCCGUCGUGUAGUUUAGUUGCUCGUCGAGCGUUGAAAGCAGCACAUCUCCACUUACACCACCUGCAUCACCAGCCACACAGGGAAAGCGUACAAGCAUCAAUCCGCAGAAACGCACGUCUCAUUUUGCCUCCUUAUUACUUAAAUCCUUUGAUUAAACCCUUCACCACAUUAAUUUAUCGCUUUUCUAUUCUGUUCAUAAAUUAAAAGUGAACUCGAUAUCAUUAACAUUACAAUCUACAUACAGAAUCAUAAAUCAAUCAGUUUCAUUGGCCCGGAAAUCGAAAGUUUAUUAAAACAAACAGACCGAGCUUAAAAACCUUUCACCCGCAGUAAUCAUUUACAUCCGUCAUUUAACGUAAUUCUGCACGAGUUACGAGAGUCGGUUGGCGGAUCUCCUCUUCCAAAGACUAGUCUAAUCUAAUUUGCUCGACCAACUAGACUAUCUUCUUCUGGAAAAAUUCUACUGUUAUAUAAUUUUACAUAUCUCGACGUCGUAUAAGAAAGAUGAGAACAUUUCUUAAAGAAUGAUGAUGAUGAUGUCGACACCACUCUUCUCUGCAUCUGCCCCCCAUCAGAUCCCUUUAAACCUGCACUUAUUUAACAACAGCAGCACAACCGUUGGAAUGGAAUCAGCUUUGGGCGAUCUCUCACCGUCCAAUUCCAUUUUGGGUUCCAGCGGACUCCUCCAACAGCCCCCCUUUGACCUGGAUCUCAAUAAUCGGAGCGGUGUUUGUUCCGAUAAUGAUGGAAAUCCUCUGAGCUUUUUAUGUUCCAAAGACAAUACGGAGCUGAUUGGAACGUUGAUUAAAGCAGCCGCACUCGGUCUCAUCAUUCUGUUCACUAUUUUUGGAAAUGUGCUGGUCCUCAUGUCAGUUGCUGUCAGUAGAAACUUGAGAAGUUCGACGCACUACCUCAUCGUUAAUCUGGCGGUGGCGGAUUUACUCUUGGGAACGACCGUUUUACCUUUCUCUGCAGUUUUUGAGGUUACCGGAAGAUGGUACUUUGGUCAGACUUUUUGUACGGUGUGGGCAGCCGUUGAUGUACUCUGCUGUACGUCCUCGAUCCUAUCGCUGUGUGUCAUUUCUGUGGACCGGUACAUCGGAGUUACCAGACCUUUGGCGUACUCAACAAUUAUGGUCGGCAAAAGGACAUCUCUGCUAAUUGUCUUAAUCUGGACGUCAUCCGUCGCCAUCUCCAUUGGCCCAUUGCUUGGUUGGAAGGAACCAAUAUCGGAUGACCCAUACUUUUGCACUGUCAACAAACAACUUGGAUACGUUCUAUUCUCCGUGACCGGAAGCUUCUACUUGCCAAUGCUGAUUAUUAUCUUUGUGUACUGGAAGAUCUACAAGGCAGCUAUUCGGCAAACCAAAUUUCUUGAAUGUGGACAUAAAACAACAAAGCAAGACGUCACUUUACGAGGUCAAUUAGACAACAAGGAUAUCGUGUUGCGAGUCCAUCUUGGUGGCAAUUAUGGGAACAGAAUGCACAUGAAUCAAGAUAUGGUAUCCAAAUUCGGUGGUGGUGGAGGAGGUGGGGCAGGUGGCACUCCCAAAAAUCAGCGCCCUUGUACAAGUUGUGCGAGUGGGACUGGCAGCGUGGCCAGCGAUGGAGAUCUUUCCAUCGCCGCUGCCGAACUCAACACCAUCAACAGCGUCAAUUUAUUGUCACUAGCUCCGCUCGCACGACCAGAAAAGUCCUCAACUUCGUCCAUUGGAGGUGGCGUUGGUGGGGGAAAUAAUGCAGAGGAAUGUAACAACCAUCAUCACAAUCAUCACGCACCCCCACAAGGAACGGGAGGAAAUGAUCCCGGAGUGGUUUUGAGGGUGCAUCGAGGAGGAGGUGGAAAAUCGGACAUGACUUGGGGUCCUGCCCCGGCUACUCAAAAGGCCGGGAUUUGUGGGAACAAGAAACAUCCCGGGACAAAUGCAGGAGCGGUGGGAAGAAAUGGCUAUGUUCCUGGGAAAAGUGCACAUCCACAGCAAAUGGCGAAUGACACUCAUAAUAAUCAUCAGCACCACCACCGCAAUCAUCACGCUGGGCACCACCACCACCAUCACAAUAAUGGGAGUCAAGCCAACUCCCUAACCCCAAGUCCUCCUUCCUCAUCUCCAGAAAGGAAAUUAAACCCGGGUUUCGGAAAAAUUGCCAAGUUUCGCAGGCAGAAGAAAGCAGCUAAAACUCUCGCGAUUGUGGUUGGUGUCUUCCUCAUCUGUUGGAUGCCAUUCUUUGUCGCUUUACCUCUAGGAGCUUUGUGCGAACAAUGCAACAUUCCUCAAUGGAUGUUCAACCUCUUUUUCUGGCUCGGGUAUUGUAACAGUUGUCUAAACCCGAUAAUCUAUGGUUGUACGUCAAGGGAGUUUCAAAGAGCCUUCCGUAAAAUAUUGUGUCGACGCUUGCCCCCACGUCCUCAUAUUUCGAGGGCCAUUUACAGGGCCAACAUGUGCAACAACAAUCGUUUUGGAGGGGAACGACCUUCAGGCGGCGGUCACAAUGGGAAUGCGAUCCCUCUCCAUCAUUGGUCGUAAGCUUUUCCAAUGUUUGAAAUUUAAUUCCAGUGCCAUGGAAUGUAUUCAUGUCGUAAGUGUUUAUUUAGUUUAGAACGAAGAUACAUUUCUUAAAGUAUAGUCAUAUCAAUGUUCGUUUUAUUAAAGUGUUAAGAAUUAACUGGGACUCUCCAGUAACUUUGGUAUGGAUGAACAAAUGAACUAUGCUUUUUAUAUGCAUUGUACAUACAUAAUAGUUAUAGUUACAAAUUACCUGAAUGAGUGCUAUAGUUGGAAUGGAACCAGGUACCACUGAUUUGUCAAGAGAUUUAUUAUAUAUUCCAAUUCCUUGUUACAGAUUGAAUCGACCUUAUACAAAUAGGUUAUAAAGUAUGAGAGGUGAAAGUGCACAAUAUAUCUUAAAUGACUGUAACCGUACAAGUACAUAACUAAA